AUGCCAACUCUUGCCGUUGCACGCGAUUACCUGUUUCACCUCAUGGGGAAAAAUUACACGGAGGAGCAGUUUGAAGAUGUGUGCUUUAAGUUUGGGGUUGAACUUGACGAUGUCACAAGUGAACGCGAGAUGUUCAGCCGUGAACAGGGGAUGGUAGGGGGCGCGAAUUUGGAAGAACUCUCCGACGAGGUUAUUUACAAGAUUGACACCCCCGCCAACCGCUACGACCUGCAGUGUGCGGAGGGAAUGGCAGUGGCGCUGAAUGUGUUUCUCGGGUUGAUGCGGGCUCCCGCUUUCAAGGUGCUGAACCGAUGCAGCCCAUUGUACAGGAUGACCGUGGAUAAAUCCGUGCGGAAUGUCCGUGACUAUGUUGUCUGCGCCGUGCUAAAGAACAUCUGCCUUAACGAGCGCAGCUACCGCAGCUUCAUUGACUUCCAGGAGAAACUGCACUCUGGACUCGCCCGUCGUCGCACCCUGGCCUCUGUGGGAACACACGACCUGGACAAGAUUGGGGACAACAACUUCAUUUACACCUUAAAAUCAAGGGAAUCCAUUCGCUUUGUUCCACUGAACCAACGCGGUCGCAUGCUCGAUUGCGCCGGAGACGGUCUAGCAGAGUUCUACAAGGACGAUCGACAAAUCUCGAAGUAUGUCCCGCUCAUUUCGGGCCUUAGCCAUUAUCCAGUUAUCAUGGACCGUGAGAAACAAAGCAUCCUCUCACUUCCACCCAUCAUUAACUCUGAUUUUUCAUGCAUCAGUCAGGAGACCAAAAACAUCUUCAUAGAAUGCACCGCACCCGAUCACUACAAGGCAAAUGUACUGGUGAACCAGAUCGUGUGUGCCUUCUCAACGUAUUGUGAAGAGCCCUUUACGGUCGAAGCGGUGCGGGUGGAAUAUGAGGAAGCGACACCGGACGGCACGAAAGUGGAAGUGACGCCCAACUUGGACCCUGCUGUCAUACCCGUAUAUAUUCCAAAGGUGGAACGGCUAAUCGGCAUCAAGUUGGACUCUCCGCAGCACUGUGGUCAACUUCUCGAGCGUAUGCUGCAUCGCGUUGCCAAGAUGGAGGGUGACAACAUCUUCGUUGAGGUUCCUGCGACCCGACCAGAUGUGCUUGGGCCAACGGAUCUCAUGGAAGAUGUUGCCAUUGCCUAUGGUUAUGAUAACAUCAAAUAUGUUGAAUGCACCACUCGAGGUAAAGUGACACAGCAGCCACUCAGUAAGUUGUCUCAUUUAUUGCGGAUUGAGAUGGCAAAUGCAGGAUACACCGAACUUUUAACGUUUUCUUUGUGCUCCCGCGAUGAGGCAUUUGCUCAUCUGAACCGUGAGGAUGACGAUGUUGCAGUGCACAUCGCCAACCCACGAACGAUGGAAUUCCAAAUCUGUCGUCCAUCCCUGAUGCCAGGUAUUCUCAAAACACUCAAUGCAAACAAGUCGCAUCCAUUGCCGUUGCGCUUCUUUGAAUGUUCAGAUGUGGUGCUCAUAGACAAUGAGAAGAACUUUCCGCCUCUUAUCCGGCCACAUUCCGAAUACCCAAAUUGUGGCGCAUGCAACCAACGUCAUGUUGCGGCCCUGCAUUGCUGUAGUGAAAACAGUGGCUUUGAAGACAUUCAUGGCUUGGUUGAAUUUAUCAUGAAAAAACUUAGCAUUUCGCGAAAGGGAGAACAGAACGCCGAGGCUGAAGAAGACACAUACACAUUGGAAAGAGGAACUGAUGGUGCCUUUUUCCCUGGAAGGUGCAUGGAUAUUUUCUUGCACCGCAAGGAUCAAAAAGUGUGCCUAGGAGGCUUCGGUGUUGUCCACCCGAACACACUACGGGCGUAUGAUAUUCCCUUUCCGUGCUCAUACAUGGAGAUAAAUAUCCAGUUUGCCCAGUAA